UCACUAGUAUAUAAAAUGAAGGUUGAGUUUCCAUAUACUCUCAACAUUCCUCCCAACAUGGCAAGGUCAAUCAUCUCAUUUUUCUCCUUUAUCUCGAUCCUUUCCCUUCUCACACUCACGCCCGCAGUCUCAGCUCUCCCGCUCUCCACCUCCUCCCGAUGGAUCGUCGACGAGAGCGGGCAGCGCGUGAAGCUGGCCUGCGUGAAUUGGGUGUCGCAUCUCGACACCGUCGUAGCCGAAGGCCUCAGCAAGCAGCCGGUGGACGCAAUCGCCAAGCGCAUCACGUCGCUGGGAUUCAACUGCGUCAGGCUCACGUGGCCGCUUUUCCUGGCCACCAAUGAGACGCUGGCGGCUGUCACUGUUCGGCAGUCGUUUCAGAGCCUCGGACUGCUCGAUUCUAUUUCCGGUAUCCAGUCCAACAAUCCCGCCCUCGUCGAUCUCCCCCUCUUGAAAGCUUACCAGGCAGUGGUUUCUAGCCUUGGGAGCAACAAUGUGAUGGUUAUACUGGACAAUCACUUAAGCAAGCCUGGGUGGUGUUGCAGCAACACCGACGGCAAUGGUUUCUUUGGCGACCAGUAUUUCAACCCUGACCUUUGGAUCACUGGCCUAACUCGAAUGGCCACAUUGUUCAAAGGCGUCAGCAAUGUGGUCGGCAUGAGCUUGAGGAAUGAGCUGCGAGGCCCCAAACAGAAUGUUAACGAUUGGUACAAGUACAUGCAAAGAGGAGCUGAGGCAGUGCACUCGGCAAACGCAGACGUGCUGGUCAUUCUCUCUGGCUUGAGUUUUGACACGGACUUAUCUUUCCUAGCCAAACGGCCUGUGAACCUCACAUUUGCGGGGAAAACAGUAUUUGAAGUGCACUGGUAUGGAUUUUCAGACGGGCAGGCAUGGCAGAGCGGCAAUCCCAACCAAGUGUGCGGCCAAGUAUACAAUAACGUGAAGAGAAAGUCAGGAUUUUUGCUUGAAGAAGGGUUCCCAUUGUUUGUGAGUGAGUUUGGGGCGGACCAAAGGGGAACCAAUGUAAAUGACAACAGGUACUUAAACUGCUUCAUGGCUGCUGCUGCUGAACUUGAUGUGGAUUUUUCUUUGUGGACUCUGGUUGGGAGUUAUUACUUUAGGGAAGGGGUGGUGGGUACGGAAGAGUAUUAUGGAAUCUUGAACUGGGAUUGGAGUGAUAUCAGGAAUUCAAGCCUAACUCAGAGACUUUCUGUCCUCCAAUCGCCUUUGCAAGGGCCAGGCUUAUCUCAAUCCAGAAUGCACAAGAUCAUAUUUCAUCCAGCCACAGGCCUUUGCCUCCUAAAAGUUGGAUUCCUUGGCCCUUUGAAGUUAGGUCCAUGCUCUCAGUCUGGAGCCUGGACCUAUUCAUCCAGGAAGGUCCUAACGCUGAAAGGAACGUAUUUCUGCAUACAAGCUGACGAACUGAAUAAGCCGGCAGCAGUGGGGAUACUUUGCACGACCACGAAUUCGCAAUGGGAUAUCAUUUCGGAUUCUAAGUUGCACCUGCAAUCUAAGACCACGGACGGCACUGAAGUUUGCCUUGAUGUAGACUCCAGCAAUACAGUUGUCACAAGUUCCUGCAAAUGCUUGAGCAGAGAUAAUUCUUGCGACCCAGCUAGCCAGUGGUUCAAACUUGUCGACAGCACGAUAAAUACGACACCUACAGGCCCCAUUCUCGAGAUAACCUCAGUCGAACAUAUGAUUGAGGCAACUAACUAAAGACUAAAGCUACUGAAGAACGGACUGGCAAUCGUAGGAAAUGAUGCAGGCUCCUUAAUAAAUAUCAAAUGACGCACAUAUAUAUAUUUGUAAGGAAGUAAUUACUAGCUGUUUGGUCAUGUCAUAUUAAGAAACUAAUUACGUGAUAGGGUUCGUCAAGUAAUUAAGGUUGCUCUGUAAAAUUACGAAAUUCAUUAAUUAGUUGACGUAAAAAUUAUGAUUGGAAAGUAAUGUAAUUCUAAAGUCAGAGUUCGCUUUCACUACAAGAACUUACCAUUUGUCCGACUAAACUUUGUCCAACGAAUAAUCGGGUAAAGUUAAUUUGCCCGACAAAAAUAAAAAUUUGGCCGGACAAAAUUGGUUAUUGC